GCGUUCCAAAACUGAACCAGUUGCUCAAGAUGAAUUAUGUGAAGCUUGCUGUCUUGGGUGGAAAAGGUACAGGGAAAUCAGCACUUACUGUAAGGUUUCUUACCAGGAGGUUCAUUGGAGAAUAUGCUUCUAAUUUUGAAUCUGUUUAUAAUAAGCAGUUGUGUUUGGAAGGGAAACCAUUAAAUCUGGAAAUAUAUGACCCAUGUUCUCAACCACAGAAAGCAAAAUGCUCCCUCACUGGUGAGCUGCACUGGGCAGAUGGGUUUGUGAUUGUGUAUGACAUCAGUGACAGGCCUUCCUUUGCUUUUGCAAAAGCUCUUAUCUACAGAAUUCGGGAGCCACCAACGACUCAUUGUAAAAGGAUGGUGGAACCAGCUGUGGUUUUAGUUGGCAACAAGCAAGACCUCUGCCAUAUGAGAGAUGUUGGCUGGGAUGAAGGGCAAAAGCUAGCGAUGGAUUUCCGCUGCCAAUUCUGUGAGUUGUCUGCAGCAGAGCAGUACCUGGAGGUAGAGGUGAUGUUUCUCAGACUCAUCAAGGACAUUCUGAUGAUCUUCAAACACAAGGAGAAGAGGAGACCCAGUGGGUCUAAAUCAAUGGCCAAACUGAUCAAUAAUGUAUUUGGAAAGAGAAGGAAAUCUGUUUAGUAGACAUGUAAUCCAGGGGACUUGGUCCAUCAGAGAGUUUCAAACACUUAGAUGAAAAUCUUAUGAUUUAUACAAUUAAAAGACAUUUUUAGGAUAUAUAAACAAGUAAAAAUGAGUCAUGGUUGAAUUUAAAAAUAUGUAACUUAUCUUUUUGGUUAUAUCUGGUUCACAUUAUUUUCCACGUAAACUUUCACUUCUUGUACAAGUGAAUACACACUUGGAUGUAUCAUUGGAGAGUUGUCCCUCUUGUCUUGCUGAGUAAUCUCUGCACAUGUUGUUCUAUUAAAGUACUGUUUUAAUGUGUAAUUCACUUUUAUAUUCUGUCAUUGUUUUGGGUAAAACACACAGAUAUCCAUGCAGCUAAUGCAUCGUAGAGCAUAAGUUAUCAGU